GAUAUGGUAACUAAUUAAUCGACGGUUUAUUUCACGCGUGCGACAGAUUUUGUGUUUAUGGCAGGAUAUGGAAUGUCACAACCCGUCGGUCACUUGGAUUUCUACCCGAAUAACGGGAAGGAGCAACCAGGUUGUGACCUCACCGAAGGACCGCUCGUACCUUUGACACUCGUCAAACAAGGACUUGAGGAAGCUUCCAGGGUACUAGUAGCCUGCAACCACGUUAGAGCUAUUAAACUUUUCACAGAAUCUAUCAAUGGAAAGUGUUCCUAUAUAGGACAUCAGUGCCCGUCAUACCAACAUUUUCUAACAGGAAAAUGUUUCCAUUGCGGACACGGUUGCGCAAUAAUGGGAUUCCACGCAGACAGCUCCCCGGGUUUGAUUACGAACAAAAAUAAUCAAUCUGAAAAUGAAGUGUUCCCAUCUGAGGAGCACGAUACCAUUGGUGCUAAAUAUUACCUCAGCACAGGCAAGGACCUGCCUUAUUGUCAACGACAUUACCGUGUAGCUAUUCAGCUGGCAAAUCCUAAAGGAGCAGAAUCGUGGGUGCAGGGUUUCCUCAAAGUAACUUUGAUGUCCGAUAGAGGCGUAAUUAGAGGAAUGGAUUUAACACCAAAUAACUACGUUAAAUUAGAACAUGGCACUACCUACACCAUAGUGGUCACACACCCUAUGGAUUUGGGUGGAAAAGUUAGAAAGGUGGAGUUAUCGUGGGAGUACGACAUGAAUGUACUGGAGCCGCGAUCUCUUUGCAUACUAUGGUGUAAUGACCGAUUGUACGUCAAAUCAGUUCUCGUCGACCAAAUGGAACUGCCAAGCAGAGGGAAAAGAAAUGUCGACUUCAGCACAAAAUUGUGCACACCAAAACGCGAGUUUGCUGAAAUCCCCAACCGGGGCUCUGCCAGUUUCUAUGACAACUGCGGCAGGUAGCUGUGCCAUAAUAACCAGUAGGCUUCCCACUAUAGACUUUGCUGUCUAUUUAUAUAGACUCUGCGAGUAAGCUUUAAAUGAAAAGUGGACGUAGUAGAACGAAAAGCAAACAUUUGUCGAAGUGUAAUUAUACCAGUGAUUGUUUUCAGUGUGCAGUUGUUACAGGGUGAACAUUUACAUGCGUUUAUUUAAAUUAUGAACACUUGUUUUAUUGCAUGUAGGUAGAUUUACAAUAUGAGCUAAAUUGUGUGCAAGUUCAUCAGUUUUCAAAACGUGUUUAAAUAACUUAAGCUCCUGCUAUGCCUUUUCAUUCAUGCUAGGUGAGUACAAACUUGGCUUGUACCUAGAUAGGAGGCUAGUACCUAACAUAUAUGGUUUUACAUAACUAAGGAGACUAACUUAUCAAUUCUGUUGACAAAGAAAAAUUGUAAAUAUUAUAGACGAUAUUACAAAACAUUUUAAAUAAAUCCUCAAGAUUUUAGAUGUUCUUUAAUAAUGUACCUAAGUUUACAUGAUAUUUAUACUUAUUGUUACAAAAUUCUCAGUAACUGACUGAACUUAACUUUGUAUUAAGUAUUAGGUGCCUAGAUAAUAUUAUCGAUUAGUGGAAUACUCAAAGUUUUUGUAAUAAAUUAGUAAAUAAGAAACCUUUGUAAAUACUUAACGUUAUAAUUUUAUAUUUAUGUUUUUGUAAAAAUGGCUGAUAAAUAUACAUACAAAAGAUUCGUCUUUUUUAUAGCAACGAACAAGCACUUUUCAGGCACUUUUUGUUACCAGUGAGGAAAUGAUUAUUGGUGCGUCUGUUUCAUUUAGAAAAUUCACAAAAUCUGUGGAACCAAUUCAUAAGAACGAUAGAAACUUUUUCAUUUAAAAAGAAAUUAACUAACGAAAUAAAUUGUGACCAUAACACAUUUAAUCGACAUUUUCACGUUACCUAUGUAUGUGAGUACCUACCUACAAUUUGCUAAUUAGGUACUUACGUGUAACAAUUACAAAAAUGUUAGUACAACUUAUUUUUACCGUACAUACACCUAUUAUUAGGUAGGUAGGCACUUUGAGCUUAUGAAAUUGGUUCCAAUAUUCUAGUGCCUAGCAAUAAACAUAGCUGGUCCCUACCUACUUAGUGCAUACAACGCUAAAAGUUUUUAAUAAAAGAUUAAGUCUGA